ACAAUAAAGAUGAAAAUUUCAAAAAUGUUAAGUUUCAGUUUAACAUAAUGUUCAACUUUUGAAGAUUCAUUUGAAAUUUAUAUCAAUAUUUUACUUUAUUUAAGAAUAUUAGUUUGACUUCAACUAAAUGCUCAAGUUUUUUACUAUAAUAAUAUAACAGAAUACAAUAUGACAUUCCGCAAUUCCACUCCGCAAGCUAGCAAUUGUAACUAGCAAACGUGUUUAUCCCAAUACACCUGUCCUUGUUAGUAGUUUAUUAUGCAACUAAGAAAAAAUUAUUUUUAAUAUUUUUUAAACUUUUGUUCAAUUCAACCAAUUCACAUUUUAUUCCUUCAUUGAAAAAAAAUGUUUUGCAACGCAAGUUAAUACUUUCUAUAGUUUAUAAUAGCUUUGACUUUGAUAUAUAUUGUGUGCUUUUUAUAAGAAUUAUCGAUUGGCAUUGUUAUUUUACAAAGCACGCGAUACAACAUAAGUAAUUCAUUACUUUAUUCACUUUCAAUUGUAAUUCUAAGAAAUUGAAAAUAAGAUUUUCAUUUUUGAUUUUCGAAUAAUCAAAUGUAAUCGAUUGCCAACUUUACUUAAUACGUGAAUUUUUACCCUGGUCCGGAGAACAGUAUAGGACUGACUGCAUGAGAAUUUCAUAUACUUACAUAGAAACGUUGUCGUUCCACGGCGAAUUCCGUUACAUUCAUCAAGCUUUUGUGGGACGGCGAACGCAGUUAUGUGUAUAAAUGCACCUAUUCUACAAGUCGCUAUUUGACAGGGAGUAACGGUUAACUCAUAGUCUAUCCAUACCGACGCAACACAACUGAAAUUUGGAGACAGCGAACUGCGUUGAUGCAAAUUUAAUAAGUAUACAUAGGUAAAUGCUAAACAUGUCUCCACCGCCUCAAGAUGUGAGUGACCACAAUCUAGAACUAAAAUCUACUGGAGAAACUAUUUUUCCUAAAACUAACGUUGUCAAACCGAGUACCAUCUAUCCUUUAUUACAAAAUCAUGAGCAAAAACAGAAUCAAAGUCAUUCACAAAAUAAUUCACAAGAGCCAAUUGAAGGUCCAAAUUCUAAUCAAGUGGUUCGACACAAACGAAGUCCUAAAGAUUUCAUAUUUGGAAAAGUUAUUGGUGAAGGCAGUUUUUCUACAGUUUACCUUGCCAAGGAUAUUCAUACAAAUAAAGAAUAUGCUAUAAAAGUUUGUGAAAAGAGACACAUUAUUAAAGAACGCAAAACUCAGUAUGUCAAACGAGAAAAAGAAGUACUUAAUAUGUUGGCCAAUGCUAAGCAUUAUUUUGUCCGUCUUUUCUGUACUUUUCAAGAUGUAGAAAGACUGUACUUUGUUUUAUCAUAUGCUAAAAAUGGGGAGCUUUUACCACAUAUUACAAAAAAUGGUAGUUUUGACAUUGAGUGUACCAAGUUUUAUUCUGCAGAAAUUUUACGAGGUUUAGAAUAUCUACAUGGGCUUGGUAUUAUCCAUCGAGAUCUCAAACCAGAAAAUAUUUUACUUGAUGAUAAAAUGCAUGCAUUAAUCACAGACUUUGGUAGUGCUAAAAUACUUGGAGAACCAGAUCAAACUGAUAGUUCAAGUCAAGAUCAUCGUGAAACAUCUACACGAACACAGCGACGUAAUUCUUUUGUUGGGACAGCUCAGUAUGUUUCCCCUGAACUACUUUCUAACAAAAUAUCGAGUCCUGCUUCGGAUUUAUGGGCAUUUGGUUGUAUAAUUUACCAAAUGGUUGCAGGUUUACCACCAUUUCGUUCACGCAGUGAAUAUCAAAUCUUUCAGAAAAUUCUUCAAGUAGAUUAUGAAGUACCUGAUGGUUUCUGUGAAGUAGCUCGUAAUCUUGUUGGUUUAUUACUUGUGCGUGAACCUUCUCAACGACUUGGUGCUAAUGAUAAACUAAGUAUUGGAUACACUAGUAUUCGUGCUCAUCCUUUCUUCAAUGGUAUUGAUUUUGAAAAACUGCCGGAACAAACACCACCACCUAUAUGUCCUUACUUACCAGGAACUUCUGAUAAUGAAGAAAUGCGUUCACAAUAUCGUUUACCAGAUAAUCUUGAGCCAGGUCUUGAUGAUAAACAACUUACUCGUCUUCUUGGACUUGGAAUUGGUGAAUUAAGUGAAGAUGACGAAGAUGAUGAAACAACUUCAUUACAAUCAUCUUCUAAAGUACAAUCUGAAAAAUUAUCAACCUUACAAAUGUGUGAGCAACAAAAAGUCAAAGUUAAUGCUGAAAAAUCAGAUAAAAUUUCUGAAAGUCCUCAGGAUAAAUCAUUGAAUUUACUAAUGAAUGAUCAUGAGUUUAUUUGUAAGCUUGCUGAACAAAAAUCUAGCAAUCAAUGGCAUCAAUUUGUUCAAAACAAUCUCAUUCUAAAAGAAGGAUUUGUUAAUAAAAGAAAAGGCUUGUUUGCAAGGCGACGCAUGCUGUUACUUACCACCGGACCACAUCUUUAUUAUGUUGAUCCUUUCUCUAUGACACUGAAAGGAGAAAUACCUUGGAGCAAUAAACUUAAAGUUGAACCAAAAAACUUCAAAAUCUUUUUUGUGCACACGCCAAAUCGAACUUACUAUCUUGAAGAUCCUCAAGGUUUUGCUCUUGAUUGGUGUCGGACUAUUGAUGAUGUGCGGAUUCAUUAUUAUGGACAAAGUGAUAACCCAUAAGUUUAUAACAUAUAAAAUAUGUUUUUGUUGUAUAAAUGUAUGCAAUUUUAUCUUACAUCACAUUUUCAUAGAUAAAAGUAUUUCUUAUGGGUAGUUGAAAAUAUAGAAGUUAGAGGUACAAACAUAGUUCUGAUUUCACUGACGAUUCAUUUUUAUAACUCAUGAAUUUGAAGUUUGUUAUCACAUUUGAAAUUUUAUAGUAUAAUAAUAAUCUAUAAAUAACCAAAAUGCCCAUAAAUGUAUUGUAAAAAAUAUUAAUCAAUUAAUAGUAUUUCAUAAAAAAUGUUAUUUAUCUAUUUUAUUGUUGUUAAAUACAUUUAUGGUUUUUAAAAUUUAUUACAUAUUUUUGUAAUAUACUCUAUAGCUUGUAAAUUCUAGUAAAAAAGAAUGUGAUCUUUGAUUAGAAAGAAUAAGAGAUUAUGUUUUUAAGCUAUCAGUAGACUACUAGUUGUAUAAUAGAUCUAUAAUGAUGUAAAAAUCUUUCUGAGAUUAAAGAACUGAAAAGCUGUUGUUGUAGUAACAAUGUAGAUUAAUUGAAAAUUAAUAGAAAAAAAAUAAUUUAAAAUAAUAAUGAAAUUUCAAACAUAACUUAAGAACCUUUAAUUAUAGAGUUUAUCAAAUAUUUUUUGCCAAAUGUGUGUAGUCUAUUACAGAUGUAACAUACGUUCAUUCAUGCCAUAUAAGUGUCGAUAACAUUUUUUUAAAUUAGGCAAAAUUGGUUGCAAUUGUUAUAAUUUAUAAUUUUUACUUUUAAUGCAUCACUAUCACCUACAUACACUGUGUUUUAUUAUGGACUAAGAAAAAAUGGAUUGGCAAUGUUUGUAAUUUUUCCAAUAAUACAUAUUUCAUUAUAAUGAA